CGAGGGCCAGUGUAGGUCAUGGGGAGCCGCCGCCGCCGCCGCCGCCGCCGCCGCCGCGAGCGCGGCUUUCUCCCGAGCAAGGCUCCGAGCUCUCCCCGCACCAGAGGCGAGCCUGGCUGCUGAGGCGGAGGGGGAUGACGGACCCUUUGACGAGGACGCUGUCCAGGCUCCGGGGGAGGCAGGGUCCUCGCGCCGCCGGGGGGCCCAGGCGCCGGGCGGCCGCGGCAGCCACCGUGGCGGCCUCUUCGGCUGCCGAGGGAGACGCCGGGGGUGCUCCGGGCGGGUCCCUACGGGAGCGCGCCAGCGGAGCCCGGCCGAGCCUGGAGCGACCGCCGCCGUCGCCUCAGGCGUGGGGUCCUGAGGCGCGGGUCCCGGGAGGGCGGCCGGAGAGGUCGGGGGCGCUGGGGCCUCGGCCGCGCAGCGGGAAGGAGGCUGCACCCCCGGGCCGCGGGCUCACUCGCGCCUCUCUGCACGCUCCGCCGGGCUCCGAGGGCAGCGGAGAGGACGAGGAGGACGACGCCGACUACUACGAGAACCUGCCCGGCGGCUCCCAGCCCGCGCCGGAGCCUGAGGGGGCGGAGGCGGAGCGGUGGCCCCCGCCUCCCCCGGCCGCUGGCUCCUCCCCAGGGGUGGAGGGCGGCCGUCUGGAGACAGGCAGGCUGCAGACCCAGUUGCGAGAGGCCUAUUAUCUGCUGAUCCAGGCCAUGCACGACCUGCCCCCUGACUCGGGCAGGCGGCAGGGUGACCGGGGCAGGGCGGAUCGCGGCUGCCCUGCGGGAGCCCGGGCUCCGGGCCAGCCGCCUUCCCCCUGCGGCGCGGCGGCCCGCCGAGCCUGCCCCCGAGACUGCGAGCGGGGAGGCGGCGGCCGCCCUUGGCAGCAGGUGUCCCCGCCCCGGUCGCCUCCGAAGGAGUCGGGGGGAGGCCGCCUGCGGACUCCUCGGAUGCUGCUGUCCUGCAGCAGAAGCCUCGACAGCCUCCGCGUGGGUGCCAAGCCGCCUCCCUUACAGCGGUGGCGGAGCGACAGCUGGAUCAGGUGCGGCGCGCGCGGGGAACCGGACGAGCCCCCGCCACGUGGAGGCGGGAUGGACGGCUGGAGCGGAGGCAGCUCCCGGGCCGCGGCGCCCUCCGGCCUCCGGACUCGCAGCUCCGAGGACCCCCGCCGCUCCUCAGGAAGCCGCGGCAAAGAAGACGGCCAGGAGGGGCUCCCCUUCCUCAAACCGCCCGCGGUGACAGUCAAGAAGCUGCAGAAGUGGAUGUACAAAGGACGCCUGCUGUCCCUGGGAAUGAAGGGUCGCGCUCGUAGGACACCCCCCGAAGUCACCCGAGCGCAGGCAACGUCUCCAAAUCUGGGCGCUAUGAAAAUGCGGGAAAACCAAGUCGUCUCGGUGCCGCCAGACCAAAGAAUUACGCUGACAGCUCUAAAUUCUUCUGUUAGAAAUUCUGCCAUCGUGGCCCCAGAAGCAAACUUAUUUGAAAAUGUCUAUGAGUCUUCAAUGAAGAGAAGAGAACUUGAAGAUCUGAAGGAUAAUAUUGGCUUCAGGGGUCAUAAGCCACUUAAUAGCAUCACUGUAUCAAAGAAACGCAAUUGGCUAUAUCAGAGUACUCUGAGAUCUUUUAAUUUGGAAGAAGAAAAUAAGAAAUGCCAAGAUAUAAGUCAUUUAUCCAUCUCACCCGUUUCUCUACCUAAACUGCAGCUGUCACGACCUUUCCUCAAAUCAUCUGAAGAAUAUUGUACAUAUAUGGUGUGUAAUGCUACAAAUUCUUCAUUAUCAAGAAACUGUUCAUUAGACUUUAAUGAGGAAAAUGAUGCAGAUGAUGAAGGAGAAAUAUGGUACAACCCCAUUCCUGAAGAUGAUGACUUUGGUAUAUCAAAUGCCUUGAGUUUUGGGGAGGCAGACUCUGCUGUUCUGAAGUUUCCUGAUGUCGGUUUGAGAGUAUUAUCUGGUAGUGACCUAAUGAAAGGAGAGCAGCACACUGAAGACUUGCUGUGCUCUUCUGAACACACAGGCGAUGUUCAGACCACACAGUCAAAUGAAAUAAAUCCUAUGGAUUCCACCUAUUCCACAGAGUUUGUGCAGCAGUACAAGCAAAAGCAUGGACACAAGACACAAGAAGGUAUAAUAGUAGAGGAGAGUCCCAUGUUGAGAUCUCCUUUUGCAGGUCCUGGGAUAGUAGCUGCUACAAAUAAGCCUGAUUUGGGAGUUACAGAACCAUCUUCUACAAGCCCUAGCCCUGUGAAAAAAGGCAGUUCAAUUCAUUGGUCUUUCCCGGAUAAAAUAAAAUCUCCACGAACUGUGAGGAAACUUUCCAUGAAAAUGAAAAGGUUGCCAGAAUUUAGCCGGAAACUGAGUGUUAAAGGAAGCUUGAAUUAUGGAAACAGUCCAGAUAAUACUCCUUCCUUGUCUAAAUGUAACUGUCAAGAAAUUCAUCAUGCUGUUAUUCUACCUUCUGGGAACACAACCACAGCUGCCAAGAGGAAUGUUAUAAGCCGGUACCAUCUUGAUACUAGUGUGUCUUCUCAGCACAGCUACCAGAAGAAAACCUCUGUGAGUUCUAAGUAUUCCUGCAAAAGUGGUUACCUCAGUGAUGGAGAUUCUCCUGAACUUAUAGCUAAAUCUAGCAAACAUGGAUGUGAAAACAAAUUUGCAAAAGGAAAAGAAAUAAUUCCAAAUAGUUGCAGCAAGAAUGAAAUAGACAUUGAUGCUUUUAGACAUUAUAGCUUUUCUGAUCAACCUAAGUGUUCUCAGUACAUAUCUGGGCUCAUGAGUGUGCAUUUCUAUGGUGCUGAGGAUUUAAAACCACCUCGGAUAGAUUCAAAAGAUGUCUUUUGUGCAAUUCAGGUAGAUUCAGUAAACAAAGCCAGAACAGCUUUGCUCACAUGUCGGACAACGUUUUUAGACAUGGAUCACACUUUCAACAUAGAAAUUGAAAAUGCACAGCAUUUGAAAUUAGUAGUAUUCAGUUGGGAACCCACCCCAAGAAAAAAUCGAGUGUGUUGUCAUGGAACUGUUGUUCUUCCCACCUUAUUCAGAGUGACAAAGACACAUCAGUUGGCUGUCAAACUUGAACCUAGAGGUCUUAUUUAUGUGAAAGUGACUCUUUUGGAACAGUGGGAGAAUUCACUUCAUGGACUAGAUAUAAAUCGAGAACCAGUAAUAUUUGGUGUUGAUAUUCGAGAAGUUGUAGAGAAAGAAAAUAUAGGCUUGAUGGUACCACUCCUGAUUCAGAAAUGUAUUAUGGAAAUUGAAAAGAGAGGCUGUCAGGUAGUUGGCCUGUACCGAUUAUGUGGCUCGGCAGCAGUCAAGAAAGAACUUCGAGAGGCUUUUGAGAAGGAUAGCAAAGCUGUUGGUCUGUGUGAAAGCCAAUACCCAGAUAUAAAUGUAAUAACAGGUGUUCUUAAGGAUUAUUUAAGAGAACUUCCUUCUCCUCUGAUAACAAAGCAGCUUUAUGAGGCUGUAUUAGAUGCAAUGGCAAAAAAUCCUUUGAAAAUGUCAUCAAAUGGUUGUGAGAAUGAUCCAAGUGAUUCUAAGUACACUGUUGACCUGCUGGAUUGUCUGCCUGACGUUGAGAAGGCAACCCUAAUGAUGUUGUUGGAUCAUUUGAAAUUGGUGGCUUCUUAUCGUGACGUGAAUAAGAUGACUUGCCAGAAUUUGGCUGUGUGCUUUGGACCCGUAUUAUUAAGUCAGAGGCAAGAGACUUCCACCCAUAACAACAGAGUCUUCACUGAUUCAGAAGAACUUGCAAGUGCUUUGGAUUUUAAAAAACAUAUUGAAGUUCUUCAUUACUUACUUCAACUCUGGCCAGUGCAACGUUUAACUAUCAAAGAAUCAGCAAACAAUUUGUUCCCAGAGCACAAGUCUUCUCUAAAUUAUUUGAGGCGGAAGAAAGAACGACCUUACCUGUUAAAUUUGAGUGGUACUGAUUCAUCAAGAGUACUUAGGCCAAGGCAAACCAGGUUAGACAGUCCACUAAGUAAUCGUUAUGCAGGAGACUGGAGCAGCUGUGGAGAAAACUACUUUUUAAAUAUGAAAGAAAAUUUAAAUGAUGUGGAUUAUGACGAUGUGCCUUCAGAAGACAGAGAAAAUGGAGAAAACUGUAGCAAAAUGUAUGAACCAGAUAUCAUGAUUGAACAGCCAACUCCCACAUCCAAAGAGUGCGCAUUUCAGACAUAUUUGACAAUGCAGGCUAUUGAGUCUAGGGACCGAAAAGUCAAUCUCAAAGAUCUACAAGAAAGUAUCGAUACUUUGAUUGGAAAUCUGGAGCGUGAACUCAACAAAAACAAGCUUAAUAUGAGUGUUUGAGAUUGAGAGUUUUUUUUUUUUUAAUAAUGUCUUAAGUUUCACAUCAAUCUUUGUCACUUUCUUGUAUCUCUCACAGUGAUGUUUUAAAUUUUUUACUCUUGAAAGCUUCAGUUACUUUCUAACAGGUUCAUGUGAUUCAAUUAAAAACACCAUUCAUUUAUAUAAUUUUUACUUAUUUCAUUAGAAAAUUUUUCUUGAGGUAAAAAGAUAACCUGGACUUCUUAUGGAUAUUUGUUUAAAUCUUGCCAAUUCUGUGGCUAUAACUUUAAAAUGCACUUCUAAGAUUCACAUAAGUUAUUAGCCCCUCAAGAUUUUUGUACUUUAUAGGAACUGCUUUUCUGAAACAGAUGUUCCUUCUAGAAGAAUGCUAUGGCUGCUUAGUCUGAUUUGCAGUAUGAGUCCGUGCACACUGCAACGUCAUUCCAUCACAUUUCAUUUGCAAUGCAAAUGCUGCUAUAAGAAAACCUUUUUAUAAAUAAAAGUAAAAUUAUACAAAUAGUAAUGUAUUCUGUAUUAACAUUCAGUAAUUAUUUAAACAUAAAAUUAAAUAUUUUUAUAAUCCCGAAAAUAUGUAUAUAUUUAUAAGUGCAUAUAUAUAUAGGUAUUAGAAUGAGGGGAGGGAUUGGCUGCAGAAUCACAUGUAUCUUUAAAAUAUAUGUCAUGAGGCCAAAAUCGUUAGCUUAAAAAUGUCCUUUUCAGGGAAAGAACAUUUAAGUUAAAGGAGGAGUUGCAUAGAAACUCUUGAACCAAAACACUAGAAACAUCUAAAUAUAGAAAAAAUAGACUUUCCUUUUUUGAUUCAUAGAAAGUCACAAUAUCCCCAGUGAGAAGUCAUCCUUUAAAUUGAAAUCUUCUAACUUUUUAAGGGAUUAAGUUUUGAGAUUUCUGUACUGGUGACUUAAAUUUAAAAUUCUUCACCUAAUCUAUGUGUUUUUAUCUUCUGCUUUUUAAAACAAAGUAAUUAUACUUAGAACAUAUUUAUUUGUAAUAGUACAUAUAUAACUUUGACUUUAUAAUUACCUUCAUUUGUUUCUAAAGAAAUCUUGCCAGCAUACUACAUGUUAUUGAUUUUUAAAAAUUAACUUAUUUUGGCUAAUUAUAUCUUCAAGAUAGUCAUUAUAGCAAUCACAACAGUGUUUGAAAAUGUAAAUUUAGAAGUUUUUUUAUUAAAUCGGAAUGUAUUUUUUUAAACUUUUAUACCUACAGAAUGUGGAAUUUAAAAUUAUUAAUAAAAUUUGAGUUAUCAACUUAAAGAUGUAGCAGCCAUUAAAAAAACUGAUUCCUUGAUGUUUUUCUAAAUAUUAAAGUAUUUAACUAUUUCUAUGCAAUAUACAUUGAUAAGUGGAACACCUUGUUAUUUAAUUUGAAAAUUUACUUGUUAAAAAACCAGAUAAAUAACUAUUUUUAUAUGAAAUUUUCAUUUUUAAAGCUUUGUAUAACAAUUCAGAAGAAUCCCAAAAGAAUAUGUGACAGAUAUAUAUAUAUUGAGUAAACAGUCAGUAGAAAUGUACCUAAAUAUUUUGUAAGAAGACUGUCUCAGUCUUCUUCCUUUUGUUUGCUAUAUCACAUAUAUUGUAUGAAUUACUCAGUUGUUCCAGAAAUGUAAAAGCUUUAUUAAAAUAUAUAACCUUGGUGUCAUGCUAUUAAUUAUUAUAAUGAUUUUUAAGGGUCACUUAUUUUAAAGUCAUUCUUUUAAAGCGAACAUGUUAAAGUAUUGGACCAUCAUAUAUUAUCCAUAAAUAUAUGUAAUAACUUUUUUUUGUCCAAAAUUGAGUUUUCCAGAAUCUGCAGUACUUUAAGGGCCACACUUAUUUUGUUACGUUAUUUUGAAUGGGAAUAGUUUUAAAGUUAAUCUCUGCCAUCAUAAGUAGAAAAUACUAAACAUUUGUUGUUUAAAUCACUGUCAUAAUAAACCUCUUUUAUUUUUUUA